GAGUCAACUCCAGCCAGCAACAAACGUAGUGGAAACAAAAACGCAAGCACAGUAUUUCCUUUGGUUUCAAUUUAUAAUCAACAGAAAAUAAAUUAUUCUUCCUGCACUCUACUCUUCUCCUUCUACUAUAAACCCUAAAUCAAGAUUCUUCUCUUUCUUUUACUCGCUAAAACCCAACUCUCUCUCUCUCUCUCUCUCUCUCUCUCUCUCUACAUUCCCAUUGCAGCACCCGUACAAUCGCAGAAUACUGUGAUUUUAGUUUUUUGCUUAAAUUUGCAUGAUUAAGUUGGGAUUGCAAAGGGUCAGUAUUGCAUGGGUGGUCUAGAGGGCUGGGUUCAGCCCAGUGGCUUUUCCCCUAGUGGUCUCUUGCCUAAUGAAGUUGCCUCUGUAACUCAAGCACUUGAGCCAGAGAGAUGGGAAACUGCUGAAGAGAGAACUGCAGAGCUAAUUGCUUGUAUUCAGCCCAAUCAACCAUCCGAGGAGCGCCGAAAUGCUGUUUUAUGCUAUGUUCAGCGCCUUAUAAUGAACUGCUUCCCCUGUCAGGUGUUCACCUUUGGGUCUGUGCCCCUCAAGACCUAUCUACCUGAUGGAGAUAUUGAUUUAACAGUGUUUACUGAGAACCAGAAUUUGAAGGAAACAUGGGCCAAUGAGGUACGGGAUAUCUUAGAGCACGAGGAGAAGAAUGAGAACGCUGAAUUCCAUGUGAAAGAGGUUCAGUAUAUCCAGGCAGAGGUGAAGAUCAUAAAGUGUCUUGUGGAAAAUAUUGUAGUAGACAUAUCCUUUGACCAGCUUGGUGGUUUGUGUACCCUUUGCUUCCUUGAGGAGGUUGAUCAAUUGAUAGAUCAAAACCAUCUAUUCAAGCGCAGCAUUAUAUUGAUUAAAGCUUGGUGUUACUACGAGAGCCGCAUCUUGGGUGCUCACCAUGGCCUUAUUUCAACUUACGCUCUGGAGACAUUGGUUUUGUACAUAUUCCACGUGUUCAAUAAUAAAUUUGCUGGGCCACUUGAGGUGCUCUACCGCUUUCUGGAAUUUUUCAGUAAAUUUGACUGGGAGAACUAUUGCAUUAGCCUCUGGGGCCCAGUUCCAAUUAGUUCACUUCCUGAUAUGACUGCACUCUCUCCACGGAAGGAUGGUGGCCAGAUACUUCUCAGCAAAUUGUUUCUAGAUGUCUGCAGCUCUGUGUAUGCUGUCUUUCCUAGCCGGCAGGAAAAUCAGGAGCAAUCCUUUGUUUCCAAAUAUUUUAAUGUCAUCGAUCCUUUGCGUGCAAAUAACAAUCUUGGCCGUAGUGUCAAUAAGGGUAACUUCUUUAGGAUUCGCAGUGCUUUUGCUUUUGGAGCUCAACGUCUGGCCAGAUUGCUUGACUGUCCAAAAGAGAACCUGCUUGCUGAAUUCAACCAGUUUUUCUUGAACACAUGGGACAGGCAUGGAAAAGGUCAUCGCCCUGAUGCUCCAAGUUCCAAUCACGUUGUUCAGCGACCAAUCAGGUAUAAUGUAAUUGAUGGGUCUGAGACCAUCAUAAAUUAUUCAAGCAGCAAAAAGAUAAAAGAGGAUCCUUCUGGCCAUCAAUCUAAGGUCGGGGUGACUUAUGCUGCUCAUGCAUCUGACAGUGUUUCCUCCCAGCAUGAUAACCGCAGUUUAAAACGAACAUCCAGGCCUGGUAAUAUAUCAGCUAUUUCUGGCACUCGAGGCCAGAGCAUGCAAGCCAACUUGACUAACUCCACGGCCUCUCAUCAGAAUAAUAAAAAAUUAAUAUAUAAUAGUUUGAAUGAGAAUGCACAUAAUGAAAAGAUGACAAGUUCCGGAACAUAUUACUUGGGGAAUGAAGUGAAUGCUAAGUAUCAAUUUGCAAGGACUCAAUCCAGUCCGGAACUAACGGAUACAUCCAGUGAAGUCUUAUCUCGAGGGAGGCAUAACAGGGCAUCAGAGACAGUAAAUGGGCAGACUGCUCCUGCAAGGUCACACAAUAGCAGGAGAAGAAAUUUGGUCCCUGAGGUUUUGGAGAACCAUGGUGCAAGAUUUUCAACUGAAGACUCACUAUCUUCAAGGCAUAGCCUAUCCCAUCAGAGCAUUGAUGCUGCUGUUGAUUCUACUAGUGCUUCAAAUAGCUAUUUUGGUGAUUCUGGCGAAGGAACCAUGGAAGACCACCUUUCUCUCUCAGAGACAACGCAAUUGCAUCAGGAAGAGCAAGACCGUGUUAGCGUGGCAUCUUUCAGUGGUUAUAGUGUCAGUGAACAGGGUCAGAUGCCCAUGAAUUUAGCUUCUGGUCAACCACCUUUUGCUUUACCACCUUCUGUAUUAGCUUCCCUUGGAUAUGCUCAAAAACAUAUGACUGGUACAGCUCCCAUAAAUGCUCCUUCAUUUGAGUCCCCUUGGGUGUCGAACAUGCACUAUCCUCAAGGUUUUAUUCCAAAUCCAGUAUCCCAAUAUUUUCCAAGCAUGGGAAUGACCUCAGAUCAAGAAGUAACAAUUGAAAUGAUUGAUGCUAAAUUGGCAUCUACAGAGUUGAGUCAAGAAGAGAGUGAUCAUGGUUGGUCUAAGCCAGAUGCAGAUUCUGUAAGACAUCAACAGAAGAACAGAAGCUCCCAAUCUCGACUGCAGGAGCAUAUGCAAUCUCUUGCUUCUGUUGAGUCUAACCAUGUCCAUUCAUCUCGUGUAAGCAGGUCCGGCAGUUUCUCUCCAAGGGAUCGCGGGUUAAUUACAGAAGACAGAGGUCUGUUUAGGGAAAAUUACAGUGACGAUGCUCAAUAUCAAAUACCUAAAGAGUCUGAUGCUUAUUCCUCAGCUGAUUUAAGAUUUGUACCUUCUUCAGAAGCAUCGUCCUCAGGAAGCAAAUCUGAAGAUAAUGGUGAUGGAUUACUUUUGAGGACUUGUAAGUCAACAAAGGAUCGGCGGGGAAAGAAAUCUGUUCCUUCUACAGAUUCUUCUAUUGCAUAUGGGAUGGAUAAGAAUGAAAGGCAACGUGAAGAAAAAUCAGUUGAUCACAUAUCUCUUCAGCCAGAUGAUGACAACAGAGAGUGGAUUUCACUUUCAACCAUAGGCACUGAACUGUCAGAAAGCAUGGUUUCUGGUGUUGGUGCUUCACAUGUUUGGAAUCAUCAAAUGCAAAGUUAUGAUCCGGCAUCAGUGAACAGAUCAAAUUCAAUGCUUUCAGUUGCUCCAAUGUUUGUGGGUCCCAAUUCUCAUCAGAGACCUAAUGAUAACCAUAGAGCACUACCCUUUGCAUUUUAUCCCACAGGACCACCGGUGCCUUUUCUAGCCAUGGUUCCAGUAUACAAUGUUCCAACCGAAGCAGCAACAUCUAGUGUAUCCACCAGAAAACUCGAUAUGGAUGAAGAAUUUGAUAGCUCACAAAACAAUCACUCGAACCAAAGUUUGGAUUCAUCUGAGAAUGUUGAUUGGUCAGAGAUUUUAAAUACUUAUACAUCUGCGAAUAAUGCUUCUUCCUCCGUGCAUUCUGAACAGGGCAGAUCUGAAAUUUUGAAUAGUGAUUUUGCCAGCCACUGGCAGAAUCUACAAUAUGGGCGGUUUUGCCAGAAUGCUCGAAAUAAUGAUUCCUUGCCUCAUCCAUCUCCUGUUGUAGCACCGCCAAUGUACUUGCAGGGACAUUUUCCAUGGGAUGGUCCUGGAAGACCUCCUGCAGACAUGAAUCUCUUAACUCAACAUAUGAAUGGUCCUCAUCUUAUUCCAGUCGCUCCUGUCCAUCCAGGAUCUAUCAGGCAGCCUGGCUUUUAUCAACAUUAUGCUGAUAAUAUUCCUAGAUACCGUGCUGGAACUGGAACUUACCUGCCCAAUCCGAAAAUAUCUUACAGGGAUCGACAAUUUUCCAAUUCCAGAAACCAUAGGGGAAAUAACAACUAUGACAGGAAGGACCACCAUGAUGACAGGGAAGGAAACUGGAAUAACAACUCAAGACCACGAUUUGGUGGUCGCAGCCAAAACCAGAAUCAAGCUGAGAAGCCAUCCUUUAGGAUGGAUAGGAGUACACCAAAUAAUCGUCGUUCUGAUAGGUCAUGGAACUCAAAGCAAGAUCCUCUUCCACCACACCAUCCCCGAAAUGGUUCAUUUAGUUUCUCAAACUCCACAAACCGAGGUUCUACCAAUGCGGCAUAUGGCAUGUAUCCGCCAAUACCAGUUGUGAAUCAUAGUGAAGUUUCUGCAUCAGUAGUUAUGCUUUAUCCAUAUGACCGAAACAUGGGCUACAGUUCUGCUGGUGAGCAUGUAGAAUUUGGGUCCCUUGGGCCAGCUCAUUUCACCGGUGACAAGGCAUCACCUCAUCUUGGUGAAGAGUCAUCAAGAGGCAUUAAUGAGCAACAAGAUUUUCAAAGAGCUUCUGAUCUUUCUUCUCCAGAUCAGCCAGCAUCACCCCAGGUUCACAGGAGGGUUUAAUUAAGUGGCUAGAUCAGCACGUCAGAGAAUGAUUCAGUCACAGAAAGCAGAUUUUCCUCUUGCAUAACCAAACCGGCAGAUGAUGUGGAUGGGGGAGGAAGAGGGGCUACACAGGCAAGCCUCACUUCGCCCCCCCCCCCCCCCCAGCUUGGCCCUCUUAGGGGAAGGUUGAUCUUUUGCUCACUGGUUUACACCGUCUUAUCCCAGCGUGCUCGUUGCACAUGCUUUACAAAGGAUAGAUACCGACUAUACCCAUUCUCAUGAAGACCUGAAAGACGUGAUGAAGAAAUACGAGGAAGGGAGUGCACAGAGUGGUAGAUGGGCGAUUGAAACGAUGGAAAGUCAAGAAUUUUAUUAUUUUGAGUGUCCCCCAAAUGGUUCGAGUCACCUCAUUGCCUCGGGGUCGUAGAUCAGUAAGCACAGGUUGGACUUUAGUUUCUUCAAUAUAAUCAAUGGGUCAUUCUUAUCCAUUAGGUUGACGUGAACUUGUUUCAAAUGUUAUAGCAUAAAAACAGUCAGAAAGUUCUAUCCUUUCAGUGGCAAUUUUUUCACAAGGGUUCAAACCAACUAUUGGAAGCUAUUGAUGGCUAAUCACCAUAUUUGGGCAUGUUCAGUUGUAUGAAAUUCAGGUUCUAAUUUUGAAACAGUAUAAUUUUUCUCA